UGGAAAUGGAAGUAGUGGAUUAGUGCGUAGUCCAUUAGUGUAUCAAUGUUUCAAAUGCUCGUUAUCAAUCAUCCGUACACAAACACGCAGCACAUUCGGCAAAUCCAAUUUCAAUUUCGAUCAAACAACAACAACACAGUGGAAAAGUUAAGUUAAAAAAAAAACAAAAACAAAACAAGUUAGUGCAUUCAGUGAUCAAUUACACCUACACAAAUCAUAGUGCGAUUUUCGAAAAGAGGAAAGCGAGACAUGGAAACGAAACGCCUUAGUCUGUGAUGACGGUUGAUGAUGAUAUGCGAUGAUUUCUGGUACGGCCAAGUUGUUGCUCUUCUUCUUAGUUCUGGACAUCGCCUACUGCAAUCGUCCUCCACGGUUUCUUAUCGAUGGCCAAACGGAGAUCGUCCUGCGCUUGAAGGAAGGAGAUGAAACUCCAGUUGGUACAUUAAUUUACAAAUUACGAGGGAUUGAUCCAGAUGGUGAUAAAUUGGAGUUUGGCGUGAGGAAACAGUCCGGAAGCAAUGUGAUCCGCGUCGAAACUGUUUCCGCCGCCGAGGCUAACGUCUAUUUAGCGCAGCCCUUAGACAGAGAAACACGCGACGAAUACGCACUCGUUUUAACACUAACAGACGGUCGUCUCGGUCACGGAAACUACGUGACCCAAAGCCUACUGCUGCUCGUUGAAGAUGUCAAUGAUAACACGCCGGUCUUUAAACCGUAUCAACCCACGAUCAGCAUAAAAGAAGACGCCGAGACCGGUGUCAUAGCGACGUUGGAAGCCACCGAUGCAGAUGAAGGCGCUUACGGCCAAGUGGUUUACCACCUGCAAGAGUCCGAGUCUGAAUCAAAAUUUUCCAUAAGCACGCUUAGCGGAAAAGGAGUUAUACGAUUGAUCGGUAAUUUGGAUUACGAGACGCAAACUUUGCAUCAGCUGAAGGUCCUGGCUGUGGAUCGAGCAAAGCAAGGAAGAGUGAAUACGGGCACUGCGGCUUUGCUGGUAAAAGUGGAGGAUGUCGAAGAUCAACCACCGGAAUUCGUUAAAGUCCAACCGGUUGCGAGAGUGGCUGAAGAUGCUCCAGUUGGUACACCAGUUUUGCAAGUUACCGCAGUGGAUGGUGAUAGGGGGGUCAACAAUCCGAUUGCUUACAGCUUGAGUUCGAACGGAAUAGGCGAAGAAAUCGACCUAUUCCGCAUCGAGAGGCAAACGGGAAACGUGAUCACCACGAAAUUGCUGGAUAGGGAAUCGACCAUUUCCGGCGCGUAUAUUUUGCAAAUCACGGCUACGGAAAUCGGAAGUAAAAUCCGCCCUGUGCCCUCGGCCACAACCGAAGUGACGAUCAUGAUAACGGAUGUCAACGAUGAAACGCCGACCUUCAAAAGUACGAGUUACCAAUGCGAAGUUCCCGAGAAUGCGCCCACAAACACGCCCUUAACAUUCUCCGCAAAUUCUAUCGCCGAGGUCUACGAUCUGGAUCAAGGAAACAAUGGUACUUUUCAAUUGCUUCUGAAACAGCACGGCGAGAUCUUCGAGGUUACGCCGUCGAAGGCGAUCAACGAGGCGACGUUUCUGAUCCGCGUGAAGAAUUCGAGUGCCCUCGAUUACGAGGUCGUCAAGCGCUUCAACUUGUCGCUGGUCGCACGUGAAACGGUUAAAUACUCGGCGAAGAGUUCGGAAGUUUCGGUGAUCGUCGACGUUCUGGACCGGAACGACAAUUAUCCAGAAUUCACGAAGAGCAUUUACGAUGUGUGGGUGCCGGAGAAUUGCCCGGUUGGAACCACCGUCGCUUGGGUUCAAGCCUUGGACGAUGAUUCCGGAGCUUUCGGGACCAAAGGUGUUCGAUACACGAAUUUAGCUGGAAGCUUAGCCGAUCUUUUGGAUCUGGAUGCUUCGACUGGGGUCAUAACUGUUAAAUCUUCUGGUGGAGCAAAUUGGGAUAGGGAAGUCAUUUCCAGACAUUAUUUGACCGUAGAAGCUAGAGAUGAUUUAGGAAACGGCAACAGAAACACGGUGCAAUUGGUUAUCAAUUUAGAAGAUGUUAACGACAAUGCUCCGGUCUUUAGCCAAAGCAAGUACGAAGCUAGACUUAUGGAGAACGAAGCUAAUUUCGAAGUUCCCUUAAAACUGGAUGCAAGAGAUGGAGAUUUAAAUGGUACAAAAAACAGUGAAAUAGAGUAUUCACUGCAUGGAAUUGCAGCCGGUAAUUUCACAAUCGAACCAAAUACAGGCGUAAUUCGACCAAAAGCCCCUCUGGAUUUCGAGAGUUUCGAAGGUCCUUCGACGGAUAGCACAAGGAUCGUACAUUUGACUGCAAGAGCAAGCGACUGGGGUGAUCCAGUUUUGUACACCGAAGUUCCCAUCGUCAUUUACGUCCUCGACGCCAACGACCAUGCACCGGUUUUCGAAGAACUCAUGUACAACAAAUCGAUACCAGAAAACAUCCCAUCCGGAACAUCCAUUUUCCAGGUAAAAGCAUACGAUUUGGAUGGUUCUAGUCCAAAUAAUCGCUUAGUGUAUCGCAUCCAAAGCGGUGCCUCAGACAAAUUUACAAUCGGUGCAGAAACUGGGAUCAUCUCCAUAGCGAGAGGAGCUAGCUUGGAUCCAGAUCUUACGCAACCGACGACUAUCUUAUAUUCCCUGAAUGUAAUCGCCUUGGAUGGAGCUACAGGAGAGAAUCAGAAGAAGGCUAAUGUUACUGUUAAAAUCAAUAUACUUGAUGUUAACAACAAAUCUCCAGUUUUCGUUAAUCCCGGCAUGGUUUCCAUAACAGAAAAUACACCAGUUGGAACAGAAGUAACGAGAGUUAGAGCUAAAGAUUUGGACGCCACUGCUAAUUUAAGAUACAAAUUAGAUCCUACUUCGUGUCGUGCGCAGAACGAACGUGGAAUCGUCUUAACUGCUCCGGAAUUCGAUUGCGCUUCGCUAUUUUAUUUAGAAGAAGUUAAUGGGGUUUUGACCGUAGCUAAAACAAUUGAUAGAGAGGUUGUGGAGAUCAUAAAUUUGGGUUUAAUCGUUGAGGAUAACGCAUCAGAAACUGGACCUCAAAUUGAUACAGCUGAACUGGAGAUUAGAAUUGAAGAUGUUAAUGAUAACAAUCCAAAGUUUAGGCAACCUUUCUACAAGUUUUCUGUGGCCGAAAACAGCAAAAACGGCGUUAUCAUCGGCGGUGUAAUUGCCGAUGAUGCUGAUAAAAACAAAAGUGUUACUUACACUUUGGAGGGACGAGAUGAUCUUGUAAAGUUACUUUAUUUGAACAAAAACUCGGGUGAUUUAGUGGUGGCAAAUAGGAUAGAUCAUGAGGUCUACGAAUGGCUCAAUUUGACGAUCAAGGCAACCGAUGCCGAUGACCCGCCAAGAUCUACGAGGGUCGAGUUGUUUGUGCAGAUUCUGGAUGAGAACGAUAACAGUCCCGUAUUCUUACCUGAGCCUAGGAUGCUUAAGGUACCUGAGGACACAGCUGUUGGGCAAAAGAUAGCCAUAGUUGAAGCGAAGGAUCAAGAUUCAGGUGAAUUCAGUAAAAUCACGUAUCUGUUAGAUCGGAUUUCUUCUCAAGGGAAAUUCAGCUUGGAGCCUGAAACGGGUAUUCUGAGGGUUGCGGAGGAGCUGGACAGGGAAACAAAACAUUCUUAUUUAUUGGUGGUAGAGGCUUGGGAUAAUUAUCAAUACGGUUACAACAAUGGGGAGAGCAGGAAUGCCUUCAAACACAUCAACGUUUCAAUAUUGGACGUUAACGAUAACAAACCGCAAUUGGAUCUGCCGAAAGCUUGCGUCACGAUCACAGAGUUCCACGAUCCGGACAUUAUCGUUGGUAAAUUUAAAGCGAGCGAUGCGGACGAUCCGGAAACGCCGAACGCUCAGAUCGUUUCCAAUUUCAUCGCCGGAAACGAUUUCGACCUGUUCUACUUGCGGCAGAACGACAGCGGAUGGCUGGAAGUCGGUAUUAAUCGACCUUUGAAGGGUCGUCAUGGAAAUUACACUUUAACAAUAAGAGCCCAAGACAUGGGAACGCCGAGUCAUUCCACGCAAGGUGAUCUCAACAUUUGCGUGACGGAUUUAAACGAUCACGCUCCAAUGUUCUUAAGACCGCCUCAUAAUUCAACACUUAAAAUACCUGAAAACGCAACCAUAGGAAGCGCUUUGGUUCAAGUAAUUGCAAGAGACGAAGACGUCGGUCCUAACGGCGCUGUUAGGUACAGAUUGAAACCGGAUUCUGCGGAGCAUUACAAAACGUUCUACCUAUCUCCAGUUUCUGGUAUUUUGGAACUCCAUUUACCACUAAACAGAUCAAAGCAGAAAAUUUAUGAUAUAAGAAUAGAAGCUUAUGAUCUGGGUGUUCCAUCGCUGAGUUCCGAAGUAGAUCUAACGGUUUAUGUAAGCAGCAUCAACGAUUAUCAACCUCAAUUUUUAAUUGACGAAUUCAUUGCUAAUUUCACCGAAAACUCUCUUCCUGGUCACGAAAUUCUAAGGUUACCGGACACUGUAGACCGUGAUUUCUACGAGUACGAAGGUCCGGUGCAGAUUUGUUUCUUCAUUGUUGGAGGAAACGAGAAUGGAUUGUUUAGAUUGAAUUCCGAAACGCACGAGUUAUCUGUAAGCGCGCCUCUUGAUAGGGAAGAACAGGACACACAUUUACUGCUGAUCAAAGCAACAGAGGAUUGCACUAGGGCACCCAACAAUCAGAGCUUCUUUGAUUCAUCAGAUGACAGCUUACUUAAAGUCAUUGUUAAAGUAACUGAUAUCAACGAUAAUCCACCUAAGUUCACGCAUAGAGUCUUCACAGGUGGAGUCAGCACCGCCACCAGUUUUGGAACUAAAUUUAUGCACGUUAAAGCAAUUGAUCCAGAUCAUGGACCAAACUCAGAAAUCACCUACCAUUUAAUUGGAAAAGUAAAGAUGACUUUAACCGAAGGUUUGGAGAAUUUGCAGCGCGCACCUUUCAUAGUCGAAAAAGAAACUGGAUCGAUCCAGUUAAACUUUGAUCCUCAGCAAGGGAUGAAAGGAUACUUUGAUUUCAUGGUGAUGGCGAAUGAUACAGGAGGUCUUCAGGAUGUAGCCAGAGUUUUCAUUUAUCUCCUCAGAGAAGAUCAACGCGUGCGAUUCAUCUUGAGGCAACAACCUGUCGAACUGAGAACCAAUAUAGAGAAAUUUAGAGAAAUGUUGGGGAAUGUAACUGGAGCAAUAGUGAACGUGGAUGAGUUUAAGGUUCACGCCAAUCACGAUGGAACAGUUGAUAAAACGAGAACCGAUUUGUACCUGCAUUUAGUAAAUAGGAGAGACAAUUCUAUAUUGGAAGUGGCGGAAGUUUUAAAGCUUGUCGACCAAAACACGGAGAAGUUGGAUAACGUGUUUAAGGAAUUCAACGUUUUGGAUACUCAGCCAGGCGGCGUUACUGCUCUGAGUUCGAUCCAGAAAGCCGGUACCACAUUCUGGUUAACCGCUUCUUCUUUAUUCCUUCUGCUCUUGCUUUUACUGUGCUUGGCACUUUGCAUAAACCAAAGACACACUUAUCAGAGGAAACUGAAAGCUGCAACAACAACCGCUUAUGGUGGAUUAGAAUCGGAUAUAGAUGGUCGCGGAUUAAGUGGUUUAAGCGGAAGAGUCCCGAACACCAACAAACACAGCAUGGAGGGAAGCAACCCGAUGUGGCUCAAGGCCUACGAGAAUGAAUGGUACAAAAACACUGAUGAACUUAGCCAAGGAUCUGACAGAGAUUCUCUCGAUGAGAAUGUUCUGAGUUCGGCGGACGAUGGAAACUGUCCAAUUGAAUCAAACAGAAUUCAGAACGUCUACCAAACUCUUCCACCGAUCCUCCCGCCCAGAAAGAUGGAAACCACCGAGUUAUGAUUAGCGGCGUGCCACUGGGUGGACGGAAUUUUGGAAGAGGAAGAGGACAGCUCGUCGGAUGCUGCUUGAUCUCGUCAUAUCGAAAUCUUCGACAUUCACCUGGUGGCUGCACACCUGUAAAUAAAUCCAUGUAGUAUUUAAGUAAAUUAAGAUUACGUUUUAA